AUGGAGAAGGCUGGGGCUCACCUGAAGAAGGGGCCAAAGGGUCAUCAUUCCCCCCUUCCGCUGAUGCCCCAUGUUUGUGAUGGUGUGAACCACGAGAAAUGUGACAACUCCCUCAAGAUUGUCAGCAAUGCAUCCUGCACCACCAACUGCUGGCCCCUGGCCCAGGUCAUCCAUGACAACUUUGGCAUCGUGGAAGGGCUCAUGACCACAGUCCAUGCCAUCACUGCCACUCAGAAGACUGUGGAUGGCCCCUCUGGAAAGCUGUGGCGUGAUGGCCGUGGGGCAGCCCAGAACAUCAUCCCUGCAUGCACUGGUGCUGCCAAGGCUGUGGGCAAGGUCAUCCCAGAGCUGAACGGGAAGCUCACUGACAUGGCCUUCAGUGUUCCUACCCCCAAUGUAUCCGUUGUGGAUCUGACAUGCCGUCUGGAGAAACCUGCCAAGUAUGAUGACAUCAAGAAGGGGGUGAAGCAGGCGUCCGAGGGCCCACCAAAGGGCAUCCUGGGCUACACUGAAGACCAGGUUGUCUCCUGCGACUUCAACAGCAACUCCCACUCUUCCACUUUUGAUGUUGGGGCUGGCAUUGCUCUCAACAACAACUUUGUGAAGCUUAUUUCCUGGUAUGACAAUGAAUAUGGCUACAGAAACAGGGUGGUGAACCUCAUGGCCUACAUGGCCUCCAAGGAGUAA